CUAGCAAUUCAGUCCUCCCAAGUAAAGAAGACGAAUUCCGGCCGCUCGGGAGUUAUUGCACAGAGAAGAUGGUGUCCGGUUCCGGUAUCUGCGCCAAGCGCGUCGUCGUCGACGCAAGGCAUCAUAUGUUGGGAAGGCUUUCUUCCAUUAUCGCCAAAGAGCUUCUCAAUGGACAGAAAGUUGUCGUUGUCCGAUGCGAGGAGAUCUGCAUUUCCGGUGGAUUAGUCCGCCAAAAGAUGAAGUACAUGCGUUUCUUGAGGAAGCGCAUGAACACCAAGCCCUCUCACGGCCCCAUUCACUUCCGUGCCCCCGCUAAGAUCCUCUGGCGCACAAUUCGUGGGAUGAUUCCCCAUAAGACUAAGCGUGGUGCGGCGGCUCUUGCCCGUUUAAAGGCAUACGAGGGUGUUCCUCCUCCGUAUGAUAAGAUAAAGAGGAUGGUCAUCCCUGAUGCUCUUAAGGUUUUGAGGCUUCAAGCCGGACAUAAGUACUGCUUGUUGGGCAGACUCUCUUCCGAGGUGGGAUGGAAUCAUUAUGAUACUAUCAAGGAGCUUGAGAGGAAGAGGAAGGAAAGAGCUCAGGCUGCAUAUGAGAAAAAGAAACAGCUAAAUAAGCUGAGAAUUAAAGCUGAGAAGGUUGCGGAGGAGAAGCUUGGACCCCAACUUGAAGUCAUUGCUCCUAUCAAAUACUAAUUUUGUGUUUUCGACUUCGGAAACAGUUACUUUCUUCAAUUUUGGUAAUACUCAUCACUAUUAGUAGACAAUGAUACUCUUUGUAUGCUUCUAGAAUUCUUCAGUUUAGUUUAAGUUUAUGAUAAUUUAUGUUAUGUUAGUAGAUUCAUCAUGCCUGUUUGUUCCAAACCAAAACAUGUUUGAUUACUUGGUUGUGCAUUUGAUCA